GGGGGGCGGAGCAGCGCCGGAGCCGUGGUCGAGGCGGGUGACGCGGACCCCUGCAGGCGGUUUCCGGAGAAGGGAGCAUCGACCUUUCCUUCAUCAGGUCCAAGAUGCCUCUCUUUGGGAAUACGUUCAGUCCCAAGAAGACGCCCCCUCGGAAGUCCGCUUCUCUCUCCAGCCUGCAUAAUCUGGAUCGGUCAACCCGGGAGGUGGAGCUGGGCCUCGACUACGGAACCCCCACCAUGAACCUGGCAGGACAAAGCCUGAAGUUUGAAAAUGGCCAGUGGAUAGCAGAGGCGGGGAUUAGUGGUGGUGUGGACAGGAGGGAGGCCCAGCGCCUCCGCAGGCGGAACCAGCAGUUGGAGGAAGAGAACAAUCUCUUGCGGCUAAAGGUGGACAUCCUGCUGGACAUGCUGUCCGAGACCACCGCCGAGUCCCACUUAAUGGAGAAGGAAUUAGAGGAGCUGAAGAGCGUCAGCCGCAGGAGGAAAUGAGCCCCUGAAGAUACUCGUUAGGAGAAAAGGACAUUCGUUAGGAGAAGUCCACCGACCAGAGGAGUGGGAUGUGGCUGAGGGUGUUUUGUAGCCUAACUAGGGGAUUAGGUACUGGGAGAGAGGGUCAUAUAAUGGGGCGAAAGGCCCCCCUCAGGUUGGCAACAGGAAGGUGCACCAUUGCUGGCAGAAACCAGGACCCCGGGCCAGGGCGGUGAGCAGGAACGAGCCCUGGGGGGCUGCCAGUGGUCACUUCAUGUACGAAUGUGCCUUCCCAGGUUCCGCCUCGCUGGACUGAUGCCGCUGGCCGAAGCAGCUGGACUUCAUUGCCUCACCGCUCACGCUGGUGUUUGGGGUGUGGCAGGAGCACUUCUAAACAGCUCUGUGUUGGGGGCCUCCGAUGAACAGCCCUCCUGGUUCUCUGCCCGCCCCCCCCUCCCCAGGCUACUCUCUCUGUCCUUUAAAGAAUACUUGUUCGCCGAAUCCACCCCCCUCUUCUGGCUUCAGCUUCUCAGUGGCGAGCCCCAGCCUUCCACGGCAACACUCUAUUUUUGUGCUACUUUCCUGUUUAGUUUCUCAAAA